GCGAAAUAUACUUUAUUAUGCGCGUUCUCCUUCUAAAAAAGGAAAUACCAGCCCGUGGCAGGCAUUCGAAAUGGUGAUGUAAUCACAUCCUCGUUCUUGACCUUGAGGUAUGCAGUGAGAAAUGACAGCCGUCGACGAUAGUUCAAUGAAGUCCGACAACAGAUCGCAAUCAAACAAAAGUAGCGUUUCUGUUCAAACUAACAAUAGGAAUGAUAUAGCUAUACAAACCUCACCCGCACUAUACGAUAAUAAUGAAGCCAGCCAAAAUGGUCUUCUCGCCCCAUCAACAACCUCACUCGCACCGACAGCACAUAAUGGUGUAUACGGCAACAAUUCAAAUAUACGGUCGAGAUCUGUGUCAUUUGCUAGCACAGCUGCACCUUCUCGCGUCGGUGUAAACGAUCCUUACGCCGCGUUCAGAUCAAAAUCAACAAUCUCGCUCGCUUUACCAACUGGUGACGCUAUUGAAAUAGAAGACGAACCUGACCAGCUUCCAACGGAUCAGAAACCUGGCCAGCGUACACCUUCCCCACAGCAACCUUCGACUAAGAUGCAAAUAUUCAGACGGAUGUGCAUCAUCAACCUUGUCGCGUUCAGUUUCGGUAUAGAUUCCACGCUGUGGUUGCCAUCUGUCUACAACUUCAUCCUCACUCUCAGACCGAAUGAUGCGGACAGAUAUUUGGCUGUCACACAAGCCGUCAGUGCAUUGGCACAGUUUAUUGUUUCACUCAGUAUCGGUGUUUUCGCAGCGAAAGUACACUCGCUCAAGUGGACAAUUGUUGUUUGUAUCGCGCUCUCUUUUGCCGGUAACUUCCUCUAUUCUUGUGCAGGUGUGGGCGCGUUAAAUAACGUGGGCGCUAUUAUCGGUGGUAGAAUCCUCUGUGGUAUCGCCUCAGGUAGCUCCGGUCUCGCGAUGGGUUUCAUUGCUAUCAGUACGGCGAAUGUAGACAGAUUGGAAGCACUCUCUCAGUAUCGUACCUAUGCAGGUAUAGCACUCGUUCUUGGACCAGCCCUAAACGCACUCUUUGGUCUUAUCGACAUCAAAAUUGGAAAUUAUACAAUCAAUGAGAACAAUGCGCCAACCUAUUGCUCCUCGUUCAUUAUGGCUUUAUUGGCUAUCCUUCUCGGUUUAUUCCUCAGUAAUAAGACAAAGCCAGCACCAAAUCCUAUCGUUCCAGCUAUUGAAUUCUUCAGAAGAGGUCACUAUGGACCUUCACUCAUCAUUUUGUGCUCCAUGUUAAGCAGUUCUUACGUAUCUGCUUUGAUUCUUUAUGUUUUACCGGACCGUUUAUCCAGUUUCUGGGGAUUCAGUACUGGUGUACAAGCUGGUUUACAGACCGCAGUUUAUGCUGCAGGUUUGAUAGGUAGUUUGCUGUCAUCCUACAUUCGCGACGGACUUGGACGGUUAGUCUUGAGCAUCACCUCAUGGAAGAACGGCGUUGACAAGGUCACACUCCUCGAGAGAGCCAAAGCUGAUGGUGGUGUCAGUGCUGGUGCACCUCUUUACACCGGAAUUGGUCUCGAAAUUCUCCUAGGUAUCGUGUCAUUCCUCUGGGUCAGCCUUGGUUUAAUCGCAAUGAUGAUUUCAUUUGGAUUAGAUUUCGUCUACAGUUCCUCACAAGCAUCAACCGCUGCUGGAUUUUUAAUCGGUUGUGCGGUUGUCAUGGUUGGAUACAACAUUCAAGCGGCGGUUUUACCAACGCUAUUCUCAAAAUCUCUCCCAAAUGACCUUAGAGUCGCCCUCACACCAUGGUACGGUGCUACUGUUGCCAUGGGUAAGAUCCUCGCACCUCUCAUCACGGAAGCGAUCACAAAAGCUACGCCAACGGGUGGAAGAACUGGAGGUAACCAGAUUGGAGGUUACGCACUUGCUUUGGGCGUUAGCGUAAUCGGUGUCAUAACGACAUUUUGGGUCAAAUAUCACCUCUCACACGCAACUUCAUCCUAAUUUCACAUUCAUACAAACAAAGGAUUCUCGUUUAUUCUCGAUGUGGUUGUUUUUCAUUCUAUCGUGUCUAUUGUUUUAAUUUUUGCUUUACUUAAUAUAUGCAUUAUUUU